ACGGUUGUGUUUGUACCAUGUGAGUUCUUCCAGGAUAAGCACUUGCUCUAGCCGGCCUGCAGGCCCUGGCUGGAAGCCCUGGAGCGGAGAAACGAAUAUUUUCGGGGGUCGUCGAGUCCCUUUGGCCGAGCUUUGCGCUCGUUCCGUAUUCACGAACGCGGAUAGGCCGAAAGCGUGCGCAGGCAGACGGCGCAGAGCACGCAAAGCCUCGCUGAAAACGCUGCGAGCCCCGGCUGAUAUGAGCGCCUGUGGUCAUUACACACGUUUGGAGAUUAUUUGACCUGCAGAGUCUUGUUCGGAGGACCACCGGCUGAGCUGCCGUAAAGGCUCCAAGGGAAGAUGGUGAGGUUGGACCUGGGAAAUGUAGUGCUCCGGCGGAUGAAGGAGGAGGACGUUGAGGCUGUUAAGGCCCUCAUAAAGGAGGGAUGCGAAGGGACAGAGAACCGCCUCAUCCUUCACCUCCUCACUCGUCCGCUGGCACUGCUCAUGCUGGCCACGUUGUCCUCUGUUCUCCGCUUCUUGGUGCACUCCUUCAUCGUGGCCCUGCUAAUCCCGGUCUUCCUUUGCAUCGUCUACCUCAAGCUCACCAUCCCGCGCUACACGGGCAUCUUAGGCUCCACUAGGCCGUACUGGGACUACUUGGGCAGCUGUUAUCGUGCCGGUUCUGAGCCGGAUCUGCCCAACCCACAUGCCGGCAAAGGCAAGCUACUCAUCAACCAGGACAAGGCUAAACGUCGCAAGAAGGCCAAAGAGCAAGAGAGAGGGAAGACGAAGGAGGAGAAGGUGGAUGAAGAUGACUUGAAGGAGAGGGCCCGGGUGGCAGGGGAGGUGUGGGUUGCAGACUGUGAGGAUGAAGUGCUAGGCUGCGUGGCCCGUGACGGUUGGAGCCGGGAUGGGGUUUAUCGCAUUUGCAGGCUGGUGGUGCAGAGCUGGUACAGGCGAGAAGGUCUUGGAAGGCUGCUGGUCCAAAGCCUGGAGGCCAAAGCCAGGCAAAGUGGCAUUGCCAGGGUUUACGCUCACGUACCCUUCCCUUCCAAAGUCGGAGAGGCAUUCUUCAGGAAACUGGGCUACCGGCUACAAGGCGAGACAGCUGGAGUUCAAGAUGAGGAGGAGGAGGAGGAUGAUUACGAAGAGCCAGAGAAAGGCUGGCUGGGGUUCCCAGUGACUAAAGUGUUUGUUAAAGACUUGUGAGCGUGAUGGUAAUGGAAGGGAGUUGUUUACCGUAACUACAAUAUUUGUCUGAAAUUAUACAAUAAGCGCAUACUUUGGGAUGUUACUAAGAUUAUUUCCAAAAUCCAGUAAAAACAA